AUGUCACUUGGUCUGCCGGUGGUGGCGACGGUGAACUGUGCCGAUAACACUGCGCAAGCCAUUGUGUUAGUUUCGCUCUUUCCGUCCAUCACUAGCCAAGGUUCAUUUGAGUUCGAGGUCACCAGUGAAGUCGGUUGUGGUGGAAUAGCUUAUUUCAGCUCGUCAUUGUCUCAAUCGCUGCUCAUAACGAGAUUCACCUUUUGUCUCUCUUCCUCUUCUCUUUUACUACUUGAUUUACUUGAGUUUGAAGAUUACAAAGAAAGCAACCGUAGUGGAAGAACAUUGAUAUUAAUUUCAGGACUCUUUGUGUGGACUUUGCAAGUUAUAUACUUAAUGGAUAAAAGUUGGAUAAAUAUAUUGAAUAGGCUUGAUCCUUUAUAUGAGAAUGGAGCCAAAGAGUUUCUUCAUUUUGCAUCAUUAGAUAGGCCAGAUGCAUCUGCAAUAUUGUGUCCAUGUCGAAAGUGUCGUAAUAUGAAAUUUGUUCGAAAAGAUUUGAUUGUUGAACAUAUUGUGGUUGAUGGAUUUCUAACUAGUUACACUAGUUGGAUUUAUCAUGGUGAGGAGCUAUUUUCAUCAAAAUUGGUCAAUCAGUUAGAUAAAGGUGAUGAGAUGCAAGACAUGUUACAUGAAGCAUUUGGAGUUCCUCCUACAUCUUUUGUUGAUAUGGACACUAGUGCUGAAGGAUUUGAUGGGUCAAAUCAACAUAACAUGGGUUUUGAUAAGAAGACUGAAGAAUUCUUUCGCUUACUGAAAGAAGCUGAACGUGAGUUAUAUCCUGGAAGCAAGUAUUCACUACUUUCGUUUCUUGUUCGUCUAUUACACUUAAAGUGUCUCAAUGGAUGGAGUAACAAAUCAUUUUCCAUGCUAUUAGAGUUGUUAAAAGAUGUGCUUCCAGAAGGUGAAACAUUGCCCAAGUCCUUUUAUGAUUCAAAGAAGAUUAUUAAAGAUUUAGGACUUGAAUAUAAAAAGAUACAUGCAUGUCCAAAUGAUUGUAUGAUUUAUUGGAAUGAGACGAAAGAUAGAACGUCUUGUAAGUUUUGCAAAGCUCCAAGAUACAAACAGUUCAAAGGUGCAUCAGUUAAUUCCAGUUCAGAAACAUCAAAAAUUCCAUCAAAGGUGUUUAGAUAUUUUCCAUUAAUACCACGACUUCAAAGACUAUUUAUGUCGGCUAAAACAUCUACUCAGAUGAGAUGGCAUGCCGAAGGUCGCACUAGAGAUGGGGUAAUGCGACAUCCUGCAGACAGUAUUGCUUGGAGGAAAUUUGAUGAAGCGCAUACAGACUUUGCUCGAGAUCCUCGAAAUGUUAGACUUGGAUUAGCUUCAGAUGGCUUUAGUCCAUUUAAGUCUAUGUCUAUCUCACAUAGCACAUGGCUUGUUAUCUUGAUUCCAUAUAAUUUGCCACCAUGGUUGUGCAUGAAACAACCAUAUAUGAUAUUAUCAACUAUUAUUGAUGGUCUUCGUGCACCAGCAUUGAUUUGGACAAUUAGUGAUUUUCCAAGGUUAGGUAACUUAUCAGGAUAUGGUGUGAAAACUAGAUAUGCUUGUCCAUGUUGUCUUACCAAAACUAAAUAUACAAGAUUGAAAAAUGGGCGAAAAUAUUGUUUCAUGUCUCAUAGACAAUGGUUAUCUCAUGGACACAAGUUUUUAAAAGAUAAAGUGGCAUUCAAUGGCCAUGUGGAGUUAGAUGGAGCACCUAAACGGUUGAUGGGAAUUGAGAUUCUUAAGCAAUUGAAUAAUGUUAAAAACAAGUUUGGUAAAGAUCUAUUGGCCAAAUCUCGUAAAAGGAAAUGGGAUGAUGUUGAUAAAUUGGUGCAAAAUAUAUGGAACAAAAAGAGCAUAUUUUUUGAGUUGGAAUACUGGAAAGACAAUAUGAUUCGUCAUAAUCUUGAUACAAUGCAUAUUGAAAUGAAUGUCUUUGACAAUAUAUUUUGGACAUUAUUGAAUGUUGAUGGAAAAGGAAAACAUAAUUUAAACUCCCGUUUAGAUUUACAAGAGAUGGGGAUCCGAAAAGCUUUGCUUCCUAAGAAAAAGGCUAAUGGAAAAUAUUAUCUUCCUCCUGCAUGUUUCACAUUGAGUAACACACAAAAAGACAUCCUCUUACAAGUGUUAAAAGAUGUGAAAGUGCCAGACGGAUAUGCUUCUAAUAUCUCAAGUUGUGUUGAUCUUAAGCAACACACAAUGCAUGGGUUGAAGAGUCAUGACUGCCAUAUUUUAAUGCAACAACUCCUUCCUAUUGCCUUGCGGAAUCUCCUGCCAGUGAAUGUACUUAAGCCAUUGAUUGAAUUAAGUAAUUUCUUUAGGGGCAUUUGUUCAAAAGGUCUGAAGAUAGGUGACUUAGAAAAACUCCAAGAUCGAGUUGCAAUAACUCUAUGUCAUUUGGAGAGAAUAUUUCCUCCAUCUUUCUUUGAUAUCAUGGAACAUCUACUUAUCCAUUUAGCUGAAGAAGCAAUGUUGGGAGGACCUUCACAAUAUCGCUCAAUGUGGUUUAUCGAACGGUUCUUGCUUUGUCUUAAAAACUACGUAAGGAAUAGAUGUUAUUCAGAAGGUGCUAUUGCAGAGGGACGUUGGAUAGACGAGUUAAUGACGUUUUGCUCAUGGUAUUUAGAUGACGUCGAGACUAAGUCUAAUCCACCUUUAAGAAAUGAUGUUUUAUCUAAUGAAACGACAGACCAAGAGGGUCGUCGAUCAAGUAGAGAGAAAGGAUUUAAGCUUGAUGACACUACACGUGCUCAAGCCCACAGAUAUGUCGAGAAGAUGCAUAUGGCUGGUGAAAAAAUAUCCGAGGAUAUUCAAACUUUAGCUAUUGGCCCAUUAAUACAAGCAAAAAGAAUGACUGGAUAUAUAUGUGAUGGAGUUAGAUACUUAACAGAGUCUCGUGAUGUUAAGAGAUAA